AUGGGCUUCGAUAUACAACGAUUUUCCAAUGGUAUCGAUGAAGAAUUGAUUUGUUCGAUAUGUGGUGGUGUUUUACAAGAUCCGCUUCAAGCACCCUCGUGUGAACAUACGUUUUGUCAAGUUUGUAUUCAAGAAUGGUUAUCAAGAUCAGAAACCUGUCCCAUCGAUCGAACACCGUUAGAGCUCGAUCAGUUAAAGCCUGUGCCGCGUAUACUGAAAACUUUACUCAAUCGUUUGGAUAUUACAUGUGAAAAUGAAGGUUGCUCAAGAAAAAUUAAAUUAGAUCAUCUAACUAAUCAUCUAAAUCAAUGUGAAUAUAGUCCAAAAAAGUUAAUUUCUUGUGAAAAUGGUUGUGGAAUCAUGUUACUCAAAGAUGAUCACAUCAAUCACAAUUGUAUUCAGGUGUUACGAAAUGAAUUGAACAAUGCCAAAUAUGAUUUACAGAAAUAUAAAAGUGACGUUGAAUUUUACAAGAACGAAGUCCGAACACUCCAAGAGUUUAUUCGUACCAUCUGUACAACGAAUCCAUCAAUAGCAUGUUGUUUAGAACGUGUGGAAAACAACGAAAUCUUACGUUGGUCUGGUAGGUUAGAAUUAGCCCGUGUAACCCAUUGGGGUGGAAUGAUAUCAACUCCUGACAUCGUCUUACAAGAUACAAUCAAACAUGCAUUACUUGAAAGUGGCUGUCCACUUGAUGUAACAAACGAAUUGAUGGAGAAUGCACAUGAACGUCAUUGGCCCGAAGGACUUUCAACACUCGAAACUCGUCAGUUAAAUCGACGACAUUACGAAAGUUACGUGUGUCGGCGUAUCGUUGGUCAGCAAGCAGUUGUUGUUCUCAGUUGUGACAAUCGGCAUAUGGAUGACAUUAUGCUCGUUGAACCAGGAAUCAUUGUGAUCUUCUCUCAUGGUGUCAAAUAA